AGACUUUCUCGUGUUCUCGAUUUUUUUUGCAGGAAUUUGUUUUGAUGAAAGAAAAUCGCGAUCAAGAAAUUGUGCAAGGCAGAAACACACAGGACAACUCUAAUAGUCUUUAUAGACUUUAGUAGUAGAUUGUAGACCAUCGCCACAAUUCAAAAUUCAGUCCAUACCGGUAACAGCUUCUGUUGGUUGUGGCGGUGGAUCAUAUUCGGAGUGGGUCUAUAGAGCAUACGUCAAAGAGAUGUCUAAUCAGCACUCGAUGCAAGCCUUGUCGUGGAGGAGAUUAUAUCUCAGUCGUGCCAAACUGAAAUCGUCAAGUAGAACUUCGGCACUGUUAUCUGGUUUUGCCAUGAUUGCUAUGGUUGAAGUACAACUGGACUAUGAUCACCCGAUACCCGAUGCUUUACUUGUUACGUUCAGCGUAUGUACCACUAUCUUAGUAGCGGUCCAUCUGUUUGCCCUCAUGAUUAGCGUUUGUGUCCUGCCAAAUAUAGAAGCAGUCAGCAAUGUUCACAAUGUCUCGGCCGUUAACGAGUCGCCACACGACCGCUUGCAUUUCUACAUUGAGCUUGCGUGGGUGUUUUCUACUGCAAUCGGCAUCAUGCUUUUCCUCGUAGAGAUUGCAAUCAUAUGCUGGGUGAAGUUUUACGGUCACAGCACUAACGCCGCUAUUGCCGCUACUGCAAUCCUUGCACCAGUGGUUCUCAUCUUUGUUGCAUUUGCAGUGCAUUUCUACCGCAAUCUUGUGGAACAUAAAUAUGAACGAUCAACACAGGGUGUUGAGGAACUCGAGCACAUGGCACUGCAGUUAGAGACGAAUGGACCCGGAGCGAAUCUCAAUUCCAAUAUUCAAAUAGUUUAG